CUUCUCCGUAGAAAUCGAGCUUCUCCGUAGAAAUCGUGGCCCAUAAGGGACACGACCAGUUUCUCCGUAGAAAUGGACCUUCUCCGUAGAAAUGGACCUUCUCCGUAGAAAUAGACCUUCUCCGUAGAAAUGGCAAAUACCGGCUCUAGAUGUCAAAUAUAUCAAAUUCUAACAAUUCAAAAUGGCGGCGGAAACCAUAAAGUGAAACUUGUAUAGCAAAAGUGAGGCCUUUAAAUGGCGCGUUUUUGUAGCGAAUGUGGCACGGAAUUUGCUAAUGAGGCAGCAAAAUACUGUCAUAACUGCGGGAAACCAACAUCUGCAGCAAAUCUACCUUCAACACCAAGCAUUAAUGAGCCAACAUUAACAUCCAGUUCAAGUUCAAGUUUGCUGUUGCCAAAUGACUCCACUAGACCGAUGUCAACAUUAACAUUCGACGAAUAUCGGAAAAGAAAGCAAGUGAGUCGAGCUAAGAAAAUUCUAUUGUGUAAGAAACCAAAACAACACGAGGAUGUUAAAAUUCAAGUUGGUGUCGUAGAAGCUGAAGGGAAAAGGUUAAAAAGGCUGAAGGGAAGAACACUACCCCUAAUUGUCUCAUCUCAAUGUAAUGCAGCUGACUUAAUGAAGGCUGCAAUAAAUAAACAUUCGAAGCAUUUUAGACAGUUCAAUAAGUAUACUUCCUACACUCUUCUCUAUCCAGACCAUUCUAUUGUACAGAAGUUACCUGGCAGUGCAGCAGAGUUUGUAUUGAGUGAGUACAAACAGGAGUUAGGAAAACCCUACUCAAAAAUAUAUUUUUAUCUGUGUGCUACAAUAGAUUUGGACAGAGUCCAAGAUUUUCCAGAUUCAGACUCUGAUGAGUAUGACUAUGAUGCUCAAAAUAAUGAAAAAACAGAGAUAAUACAACUGGAAAGUUUAACUAAAAUUUCUGAUACUUGCAAUGAAAUGGUGGUCACUCAAGAUAGUGAGAAAAAGGAAGCAACAAAAGUAAAAAGCUUUAUUGAUAUAAGUGAUGAUGAUGACAAAAAAUCUCCUCCGUCAUCUGCAGAAACAUCAUGUCCUACUUGUUUUUGCAUGUUUCCUUUUAAUGAAAUUGAGGCACAUGCAGACAUUUGUGCUGACAAGUGGAUAGACACAAUUGGAUCAAUAAAGAUGAUCCUUUUGAUACAUCUGUCGAAAAUGAUGAUUUUUCUGAAACAUGUGAUGAUAGUAAUAUGAAUACGGUC